GAAGCGUCGUUUUCUAUGAUAAAUUGUAAACUCAGUUCAUUAUUUAUUCUCUCGUAUCCAGCUACGGACUACAGAAACAACACUAGGUGACUGUUAACGCCAGAUGUGCGCUAUUAAAUCCGGACACCAUCAAAAUCAUCGACCGCUGGAGGCACUGAAACUUUACAGAGAAAAAAUGAUUUGAACUGAGACUUGGCUAACGUCUCGAGACUCCACAGAGCUUCAGUGAGAACAUGUGAACUCGCCCUCGUGAAUGUUUCACGGGAUUCUGAUCCUCUCGUUCGCUCCUUUCGUGCCGAAGCUCAUUUGAAUCAACAUCACGCAUUUGUCAACAUCUCGGUGUACGUUUGGGAUUUUUGUCGCGCUCACUGAAUUUCUUUCAAAUACUCAAAGGAUUUAAUGGACCACGAAUAUACACGCAGACCAACAUCGUUCUGUCUUAACUAAAAACUGAGCAGGAUAUAGACCGACCACUGCAUCGGACUUGAUUUAUCUUUGGACAACCUGCCGCAAAUGCCUCCCCCACCCCUGCCCCGCACGUAGCCAGGAUGGAAAGCUACGUUGUCAAUAGGAUGGGACCUGACGAAUAGCUGGCUUUCUCAUGAAGAUGUUGCUUGGAUCCGUUUUUAAAUCCAUGUGGGAAUACUUGCCAUGCAAAGAGGCUUUGAGAUUUUUGACAGAUUCGCUCUUGGAACAUCUGGCAUCUUGGGUUUGAUCAUUUCUUUUGUGCGAGUGGAUAUAAACUAGUGCUGCCGCUGUUAGCGGGACUAGCGUGAAGAGGAUUGAGCAUGCCCUUUCAACGACCAAACCGCCUGGGUGGCGUCUGGCGGGCCAUGUGUCCGCGGCUAGGCCUCAGUGCUAGCCUGGACCUGCCAUUCUUGUGUUGGAUAUUAGGCUUAACCCUGCACGCCCAGCUCGCUGCCUCGCAAAAACUGGAUGAGACGGACCCUGUUGUCACUACGACUUACGGCAAACUGCGAGGAUUCAAAAAAGAACUCAACAAUGAGAUCCUGGGGCCUGUCAUCCAGUUCCUGGGCGUUCCCUACGCAGCACCUCCAACAGGCGAAAGGCGCUUCCAACCGCCUGAGCCCCCUAUUUCGUGGUCAGAUAUCCGUAACGCGACUCAGUUUGGCCCCGUUUGUCCCCAAACCUUGCUGGAGGGCAGGCUACCGGACGUUAUGCUGCCGGUUUGGUUCACCAACAGUAUUGAAGUGGUGUCGUCCUACGUACAGGACCAGAGCGAGGACUGCUUAUUCUUAAAUAUAUACGUGCCAACGGAGGAUGUAAAAAGAAUAUCCAAGGAAUGUGCCAGAAAACCCGGCAAGAAAAUUUGUAGAAAAGGAGGUCCUCUUUCAAAGAAACAGAAUGAUGAUUUAGCUGAUAAUGACGGUGCUGAGGAUGAAGACAUUCGUGAAAGUGGGAGCCCCAAACCGGUGAUGGUUUUCAUUCAUGGAGGAUCAUACAUGGAAGGAACAGGAAAUAUGUUCGAUGGAAGCAUCUUGGCCAGUUACGGCAACGUCAUCGUAAUAACCGUAAACUAUCGGCUUGGUGUGCUAGGUUUUUUGAGCACAGGAGACCAGGCAGCCAAGGGAAACUAUGGACUUCUUGAUCAAAUCCAGGCCCUGCGCUGGACGAGUGAAAACAUUGCAUUCUUUGGGGGUGACCCUUUACGCAUUACUGUUUUUGGGUCUGGGGCAGGUGCCUCAUGUGUCAACCUGCUGACUCUUUCCCAUUAUUCUGAAGGUAACCGUUGGAGCAAUUCAACCAAAGGUCUUUUCCAAAGGGCCAUAGCCCAAAGUGGCACAGCCUUGUCCAGCUGGGCUGUAAGCUUUCAGCCGGCCAAGUAUGCCCGCAUGCUGGCCAGGAAGGUGGGGUGCAACCUCAAAGAUACAGUGGAGAUGGUAGAGUGCCUACAGAAAAAACACUACAAAGAACUAGUGGAGCAGGACAUCCAGCCUGCUCGCUACCACAUCGCUUUUGGACCCGUCAUUGAUGGUGAUGUAAUUCCCGAUGACCCUCAGAUCCUCAUGGAGCAAGGGGAGUUCCUCAACUACGACAUCAUGCUCGGCGUCAACCAAGGCGAGGGGUUGAAGUUUGUGGAACUCAUUGUGGACAAUGAGAACGGUGUUCAAGCCAACGAUUUUGACUAUGCCGUGUCAAGUUUUGUGGAUGAUUUAUAUGGAUACCCCGAGGGGAAGGACAUCCUUCGGGAGACCAUUAAGUUUAUGUACACUGACUGGGCUGACCGCCACAACCCGCAGACCAGAAGAAAGAGCCUUCUGGCACUCUUUACGGAUCAUCAGUGGGUUGCACCAGCUGUGGCCACGGCAGACCUCCACUCGAGUUUUGGCUCGCCUACUUAUUUCUAUGCCUUCUACCAUCACUGCCAGACGGAGCAGGUCCCACCCUGGGCUGAUGCGGCACAUGGCGAUGAGAUCCCGUAUGUUUUCGGGCUGCCGAUGAUUGGUCCAACUGAGCUCUUCCCCUGCAACUUCUCCAAAAAUGAUGUGAUGCUUAGUGCAGUGGUAAUGACCUACUGGACCAACUUUGCCAAGACUGGUGACCCCAACCAGCCAGUUCCACAGGACACCAAGUUCAUCCACACCAAGCCUAAUCGCUUCGAGGAGGUGGCCUGGAUGCGUUACAACCAAAAGGACCAACUAUACUUGCACAUUGGCUUGAAGCCCCGUGUCAAGGAACAUUACCGUGCCAAUAAGGUCAACUUAUGGCUGGAGCUGGUGCCUCAUCUCCACAGCCUCAACGAGGUCACUCAGAUCAUUUCCACCACCACUAAGUUGCCUCCACCCGAGGUCACUCCCCGUACACCAAAGAAGAUCCCGGUUAACACCAAGAGGCCCUACCCUACACCGUUUCCCACCGAAACACAGGACAGCCACAACCAGAACCAGAACCAACCUUUCUUAGUGGACCAGCGGGACUACUCGACUGAACUAAGCGUCACCAUCGCCGUCGGUGCUUCGUUGCUCUUUCUCAACAUUUUGGCUUUCGCCGCACUCUACUACAAGAAGGACAAGCGAAGGCAUGAGGUCCACCGGCGUUGCAGCCCGCAGAGGACCACAGCCAAUGAGCUGCCCCAUACUCAAGAAGAGGAGAUCAUGUCCCUACAAAUGAAACACAGCGACAUGGAGCGGGAGUGCCGGGAGGUCAUGCACCCGCACGAGAUGGUCCUGAGAACUGCCUGCCCACCCGAUUAUACGCUUGCCAUGCGCCGUUCACCGGACGACAUCCCUCUCAUGACCCCCAACACCAUCACUAUGAUACCCAACAGCAUGCCAGGCCUCACCUCCUUACACUCCUUCAACAGUUACUCCAGUGGACAGAAUAAUACCCUGCCCCAUCCACACCCUCAUUCACACUCCACCACUAGAGUAUAGCCACACACACACACAUUCUCACACACAAACACAAACAUACACACACACAUACACUCCCGCAGAUGUGGAGUAUGAGUGUGACAACGGACGGAGGUGAUGGCACUAAGUUGAGGAAUAUCUUUACUCCAGGUGCUCGGAGGAACUGCAAAUAACAAUGCUUUUGUUCCUAGAGAGCAAAACUAUCAUUUUAUAUUAAAGGCGCAAACAAAAGAGACAAAAAAAAACUAUUUCUGAUGUAAUGAAAAACAAACAGAGAUGAUUUUUUACCCUUAUAUUGUGACAAAACCAGGGCCAUUUCCUGAAAACAACUAUUAGUCUGGGAUUCUUUGAGGAAUGAUUUGAUUCGGUUACCCGGAGAGAAAACGACGGAAGCACAGAAGAGAUGACGUGUGGGAGGCCCUUUGUAAACAAAAGGAAACAUAUUGUUUUCCCGGGGCGCUGGAUUGUAGAUUACUCUGUUCAGAGCAGACGGGAGAUGCUGCUUACCUAAUUUAGGCAUGCGUUCUCUUUCUGGUGGAAAAUGCGGAAUACUACGGGAAAAAAGGAGAGAAUGAAAAGUCCUCAAGAAUAUGCACAAUAGAGACAUUCACUGAAUGUCUUUGAAUCCUUUUUGUCAAUUUAUUUUUGGGGGAACAAUUUUAUUGUAUAGGACCUAUUUACAUAUCUAGAUAUGUACACAAAGCACCCAUGCUCUUUAAGCCCUGGCUGGGGGCGUUGAUACUGAGGAAUCUGCCUCAAGAGCGUAGCGGGGAAUUUAUUGGCUUCCUGGCAGAUACAGCUUCAUCACACAAGUGCUGUCUAUACUGAAACUGGUGGACUCAAAGGGAGGCUGGAUAUUUUUAGCACGACACGCAUGACAAUUUAUCUGCUUGGUGGCUGUUCUGCUGAUUAAGUCAUUAUUUAAAACAAAACAAAAAAAAAAAUCAUUUUCUUCCCCGUUUGGAUUUGUUUAAGGAAAUACUGCUCUGAUUGGCUCACGGGAGGAAUUGGAAUAUGCUGACAAGGGCGGACACGGUGGGUUCUGGAGAUGGUGAUGGGAAGGGGUGGGGAUACGCUAACUAGAUUGCAUUUGCAAAUAGCUCAAGUGAACCUGGUUAUAAGGACUAGUUUUGUACAUGUGUGUUGGUAAAACUUUUUAAUAGUGGUGAAUCACUUGUUGUUUGAGCUCCCAUGUGUGGGACAUUAAUGUACUUUUUGAUUUGCUCAUUGGUCUCAGUUAUAAUACACUGUUUUAUUAUUAUUAUUAUUAUUAUUAUUUUUUAAUUUGCUAAUAGUCAAACCACCCUACCUUAGAAAAUUUCUUACCUGUAAUGUUUGAUUCUCAUUUUUUUUAUUUUCGGUGCUUUAUGAGGCAGUCCCCCACGCAGCUUUGAACAACCAGUGACCAACGCAGGGAUUUAUUCUGUACAACUUGGAGACUUGCGUUGGUAUCCCCUCAUCCAGAACUUUCUGUGAUUCUCCCUGAAUGAUCAUCACGAAUGAAUCCCACACUGGAGACAGGAGGGCCCCUGAUGAAAGAGUGUAUUAGGGGGGUUUCUGAUGUUACGAAUCCCUUGAUCAUACUGCUUAAAGCUAGCUAUAGAAAGAAAGAAAAUAGAAAGACAAAUGGAGAAACUUGAAAAGAAAGCAAAACUUUUGUCAGUUUUUACCCUCGGAUAAGUGCUCAAAGUCAUUAGCCUUAGUGCUAAAAGCCAGUUUCACCUGUAAAUCUCUCAGUAAUUGCUAGUUUUAUCCAUCCUUGAUUAUUUUACUUUUCUCAAAGCCUUGUUACGUAACAUGCUAUAUGCUAAUUAUCAAUACCACUGAAUCCCAGACUAAAGAUAGAAGGACCCCCUAAUGAGAGGGUCCGUUAUGGGGCCUACUGAACUGAAGAGGCCAUUGAAGCUAGCUAGAGAAAGAGAAUCGAGAAACAUUCAUGAUUAAUUUUCUCUGAGCCUCGAUACAUUAGAUACUACAUGCUAAAAAAGCCUGGGGUGCUAACCCAUUGUUCCCUUUCUGUGGGUAGUCACUUCAGCGUGACAGUUCCAGUGGUGACAAUUUAGAUUUCUCGUGAAUCCUUUUUUACUCAUGGGAAAUUUGAUUGAACACAAACACCAGUGAAGGGGAAAAUUCUAUAUUUUUUUUUCUCAGCAUGUAGAAUAUGAAAAUAGAAAAACAGCAAUAGAUUGGUGAUUUGGUUCUCCCAGAUCAGAGGUUCUCUUCUUUGGUUUUGUGCAAACUCUUUUGGUCAACUACCCCAUACUAAUGCUGUAUCCUAACCAGAUACGACACAAUAAAGCGACAAAUGGUGAAAACAAUCUUUUUUUAUGUACUGUAAAUCUGAUUUUAUGUCCUUGACCGUAACAGGACAUUUUGACGUUGAUUUUCAAAGUCUUGCUCCACAGAUCAAAUAUGUUCUGAUUGGCUGUGUUUGCUUUCAGACAACAAAAUUACUUGGUUAGGAUGUGGAGUAACGACCAAAGAGAGUACAUUAGAAGCCAUUUACUAGCAGCACAGCCUUUCACAUCUCAAGAUAAUUAAUUAAUAGUUGGUGUGGAAAACGUUGGGGUCAAACACAGGCUGUUGGGAGUGAAUACCUAGGCCCUAGUGAAUAGCUAGAGGCAGAGAACUAAUGAGGGACGAGGGAAGCCAAGGAAGGGAACAAGAUUGAAAGAAUCGUGCUGCUCUUCUCCCGAUCAGCCAACUCGUGUCACACACUGUCCCUAACAACAUGUUCCCAUUCAGGACACAAUCUCCUCUGGGCUUAUCUUCUCUGUUCUGCCUUCACCUAUGACAAGUCUGUGUAGUACAAACGGGCCAGAGAGAGCAUCGCUGCUCUCUAUGCCAAUCCCCAGCUGCAGGUAUGCAUAUGCAAAGUCAGCCUGCCCAUGUGUCCCCCUGCAAAGGAAGCUCCUUUGAACGAUAUUAAAAUUUAAUGAACCGUACACUGGUGGGGCGCUCAGAGGAUUCAUCUUGUGCAUGCACAUUUACCAAGGAGAGAGAUGGGAUUCAUCUGUAAUUGGGAAGAUCCACAGCUCAGUAUGUUUCUUCACACACAUGCACAUAUGCUCACAUACACACAUGCCAGGACAAGCCUUGUAACUGAAUGUAAUGCAAGACUGAGGGCCAUUUUCUUACAAACAGCAACCAAAUUUCAUUAUGUGUUUAUUUUCUACUGGCUGACCUUGAAAGAAGAUCAAAAUGGCUGUUGAGAACUACAGAGGGUUGUUGUGAUGUAGAUUAUUUGUCAUUUUGUCUUUCUUUCUGGUUAAAUAGGAUUUAAUCUUCUGGAGCACAAUAAAUGAUUUUAUCAAGCUCAA